AUGGCAAACAACAACAGCAUAUUCGUCCCGCAGACAUUCAAUGGUGCAAGGAUGGUCAAUGUCACAAAGCGCACGCCCACUUCAUCCUCCACAUCCUUAGAGGCAACCGCUGCUACUACCGUAUCACAUCCUGCUCCAGAUGCCACUGCUGCCACCAACGAUGCCCCUUCCAGCGAGCCCAAGAAAGACAGCAAGCCUGACACCAAUGCAGUGGAUGCUUCUCCCAAAGCCAAAGUCAUUGCCAUCAAGCCGUAUGCAUCCUCCCAGUCAGUCAUUGAUACACGGACUAAAUCCUCACAUACCAGCCGUACAUCCAUACCCACAUCUUCAUCGUCAUCCAAGGCUCCCAUCGUGCCAUCUCCAGCUGCAGAGCAGCAGCCGCAAGCAACACCCAUACCAGUUCAGCCCCGAGUCUCGCCACAGCAGCAAAUCAUGCAUCCCCAUAUCAUUAUACAGCCCAGUUUUCCUGGCCCUUAUGAUGUGGUUGGGUACGAGAGAGUGUGGUCUGAAGCCAAUGUCGCCGUUUUGAUUCAACUGCAUCGCAAACACUACAACGGUGUGACAUCUAUGGACAUGGAUCAACAGAAUGCGGCCUGGACUGCACUCACAUCUGAAUACAACGCCAUUACAGCAGACAAUCGUAGCACACCAGCAUUGAUCAAAAAGUGGGGGAAACUCAUGGCGAAAUACAAUGCAGAGAGAGCCUUUCUCAUCAUGCCUCGACCUCAAGGACUGCAGCAGCCCGUACCCACUGUCUCUUAUUGGAACCAUUUUCAAUACAUGGACAGCUAUUUGAGCCAUGUGCCUAUUCCCGAGAAUUGCAUUCUCAAGCGUAAACGUAGAGAAAGAGACAAUGAGGAGAGCGACUCGUCUGACCAGAUAACAGCAGCAACUACAUUUCACACCAAACGACUUUGUGCGAUGGAUCUCAACAUGAAGCUCUUGGAAACACAACGUGUGUUUAUGGAAAAGACGCUGGAUAAGCAAAACACACAGAUAGAGAUGAUGAAGGCAAAUGCUGAAUCCAUGCACAAGAUGAACAUGAAGUUUGUAAAUAUAUGUGAAAAGGCGUGCACAAGGAGCCAGACAAACGAAGAGCGUUACCUGAACCUAUUAGAGAAAUGCCUCGUCCUAAACAACAAGGAUUACAGCAAAAAAAACGUGGCAUCAGCAGUAAUCUCUGAACUACAACAACAGACAAAAGGAGCAUCACCUAGACCAGAAUCACCCACGUUAUCUACCUAUUCAUCCGCAUCCUCUGAACUGGCCAAAGCGGUCCAAGAGUAG